AUGAAGAUCUCCUGCUUCUUCUUCCUCCUCCUAUCCAUCCUCCUCAUCACAACACUCUCCACCACCGCAACCCGGCCCAACCCGGAGUCCAGCAACGACGGAGGAGCAGCCGCAGCCGCAGCGGGCGGCUUCUUCGGGCCGGGGACCGGGAUCCCGGAGUUUGGCAAAGGGUACUGGGGGAACGGGCCGGGCAUGGGCGGCGGGUACGGGUCCGGGUUUGGAGGCCCGAAAGGCGGGUACUCGAAGAGCGGCACCUACAGGCCGUCCGUGGUCUGCAAGGAGAAAGGCCCCUGCUUCAACAAGAAGCUCCGCUGCCCGGCCAAGUGCUUCUCCGCCUACGGCCGCUCCGGGAAAGGGUACGGCAGCGGAGGUGGUGGUGGAGGGUGCACCAUGGAUUGCAAGAAGAAAUGCGUCGCUUACUGUUGA